GUCCUUAACUAAUUUCUAACCCAUCCGGUCGCCCAUUGACCUGCCAGGUUGCAUCAAAGAAGAAUCCUCGUCGACUUCCUCGCCCCUCCUCUUCUCCCGCAGGCGGCAGUGGCAGACUGGUGAUCAUCACGGAUUUCAGUUGAUCUUUCUCGGGUUUUUUCGGCCAUCAUCACGGUUCAUGGAUUUUUGGAAGGCACUGCUUAUAUGAGGGGAAUAAAGUUUAGAAAACAUAGGUUGCCCCGCUGCACCUGGUACAAUAACAUCCUGUCCCAUUGUUCACUUGACUUUCAAGACUCAAUCUGGGAAAAAGUGUCGUUGCUUCUAUAGUUAUCAGCUUUCUCAUAUCUGCGACCAGAUCUCAUACGGAAUCUUGUGGCUUGUGCGGAGUAGAAACCGAUCAAUUAAAAUUAUUCUGAUAAAAAGGGAAUAUCAUGGCUACUAAGGAGUUAUCGAUGAAGCUCCUGAUUGAUGCCAAGGCUCAGAAAGUCUGCUUUGCCGAGGCUGACAAUGAAGUUGUCGAGUUCCUAUCCAGCCUCCUAUGCCUCCCGAUGAGCACCGUCAUCAACCUGCUCACCAAAGAGCGUAUGGUUGGCAGCAUUGGGAAUGUCCUUGAUAGCCUGGAGACGCUCGAUGCCACGUAUGUAUUCUCAAGCAAGGGCAAGGAGCCCUACAUCAAGCCAACAAUUUCCCCCGGUAUGCUCUCUCCUUUGCAACAGCUGAUGGGGGAUGCACAGUUAAAUGCCUGUUGCAGGUUCUUCACCUGUGAGGGGACAAGAUGCUGCUACAAAAGCCAUAGUUGUGGGUAUUUUUCAGUUGUUAAAGGCAGCAAAUGCCCAAGUUGCUCCACCGGAAUGAACAAAGCUAUGCCGCAUGUCAAAAGUGAGGGGUUUGUGGUCGGGACAGCCACGUAUACAGUCAAGGAUGACCUCUCGAUGAUACCGGCGUCCAGUGUGGCAAGCGUUGCCUUGCUCGCGCAGUGUGGUGUCAAAGACCUAAGCACACUGCAAGAAAAAAUGGUGAAGAUUGGCAAGGAAGAGGCUCUGGACAUACUCCUCGCUUCGCUGAAGUCCAAGACGGUCCUGACUGAUGUCUUCCUUCAGACAAGAAAAGCUCGUUGCAAGAAGGAAACGGUUGCUUAGUCAUGCGGCUAUGCCUCAGUAAAUUCACCAGACAUGUCAUGCACAAAUCACCAUAUGGCCUGGUGGAUGAGUGAGUUGUGAGCUGCCGGUCUGUUUGCAUUGUCUGGCCAUUCUCUAGGUUAGUGGACCAAAGCUAGUAGGCUGCUUAAAUUAAAAUCUCUGUUGACAUCAUGUACCGUGAGAUGUGUGCCACUUUUGCCACCAGAUUUUUAGGAGAUUUUUUAGGAAGAUAUUUGUAUGAACCUUUUUUGAGGGAUUUGA